CUUUGUCGCACUUAUUUUCCCGGCAAACAGCCAGCGAAUACGUGUCCCUAGGCUAAGGGGAACAUUUUCCAUACUAUGGUACUUUUGUCUAACAAACUGCUUUUCAAAUGCCGGUAUUCCUUUUUCUGGCUGUGGUGAGAGAUCGUGAUUGUUCGCGGAGCUGGGUUGAUGCAUUUUAUGUUUUAUUUGAGGGACACGAUUUCAAUAGUUCUUUUGUCGCCGCAACUGCAACGUGCACAAUAAUAACUGCCGACUUGAAUGGAAAAACCCUGGUUGCGGAACGAAAACUGUCUGCCUGGAGUUUCUUUGAAAGUUUUUAAAGGUAAUAAUAAUGCUCUUGCCUUUGAUGGAAAUUACCUAUAGUGUUACAGAGAUACACGCAGCAGGCAACACAUCAUCGCAAGAUUGUUCGAUUUUGGUCCCCCUUUAAGAGUUUCCUGGCAACAGUGCAAUUGUGCGUGAUAUGUAAAUGUCGGCUCCAUAACCAGCGCAACCAUUCUUCCCAGUUGAUGUCCUAACUUCAACAAGGAUAUAUGACGAGGUUCAUGCCAUGCAUGAAGGGGUUUUAGUUGGAAGAUGUUGCCGAUCGGACUUUCAUUCAGCCGUAUUCUACUGCAAUCAAAAACAGACUAGGUAAACAGUGCCAUCGUUCAAUCGAGCCUGAUCCUAUAGAAUCAUUCGUGAUUUGUUUUAAGGCAGGCCUAAUCCGAUUUACAACAAUGGCGAAAGGUUCUCUAAAGUUGAACAUGAAAAGAGACGACGCGCGGACGCUCAUGAUGAAAAUGGACGCCCGUCUGACCUACGCCGGUCGUGAGAGACACGCGGGGUUCAAACUGGAAGGCGAACGCCAGCUGAAACACAUUCAAAUCACUCACCAGCUUAUCAACGCCGAGCUCAACCGGGCAAAGAAGGACGUCCAACGGCGCUUCGACUUCUACCAGACGCUGAAGGAGCAGAACAAGGAGAGACGGGAGAAGAGGGACCUGGCCUGGUGCGAAGAGGAGGAGAAGGAUUGGGACCGGCAGACUAGGGCUGCUAGACGGCGAAGGAUGCUACCCAAUCUAAAGUUCCAUCACAAGAACCACAAAGCCGAGGCUGUGGGGUCGAUACGGCGAGACGUCAAGGGAGAGUACACCCACAAAAUGGCGCACGAGACGAAUCUCAACAGGUCGCUGAUUGCACUGAGUGACUCGUACAGCAAGCACAAAUCUCUGACUCAGCGGAACCAAGCCAAGCUGGAACAAAUCACCGAGGACCGGGAUCCUGUCGAUAUGCCAGCCAAGACAGAGAACACCACCUUGCCCACCCCGCAGCAUGAGAUUCAAAAUCCUAAAUACGGAAUGCCGCUACUUAAGACGCGUUUUCCUGCUCUUCAACUGAGCAAGGCAGGGGAGAGUUCCACGCAAAAAGACCGUUCCCUUGAGAUGCGUGCCGGUAAAGUCGGUGACACACCACCAAACGAUAAGAGAAUCAGCAGACCAGUUGCUGGACCACCUGCAAGUCUGGGGCAGCGUUUUUACAUGAACACAAGCACGGAUAGGGAACAACACGAUGCGGGCACUGGUCCACUUCAGAAAGACUUGCCGGUCUUGCCAAGUAUCAACCGUGCGAGACGCAAAGGAGUGUACGCGAAAGCCCUAACAGAUCCCGCGCGAGUCGGCGGUGCAUUUGCCCCUACCGGUCGCCCACUCCCAUCCUUGGACCACCCCCGGCCCUCCACACAAACCAAGAAGCCACGCCCAGGCCCGAGUGUGACCCUGGGACCACAGACGAUACCGUUGAGAUUUUACGGUUCAGAGGAGAACCCGUUCCUCAAGGAGUCGGACGGCCCUCCGAGUGCGGUGUAUCGUCCAAAGGACCUCAUCAACAGCGAUAAAGACGACGAGAUGUACGAGUGGCUGGGGUUCGAGUCCCGGGAGGAAUUCGAAAAGCUACGGGCAGCCGGAUUGUUGCUGGAGGCGGAACGAGAAGAGGGUUCGGACACCAGUGAAAUUUUGGAGGAUGGCACGCGAGUUGCCAGGAUGGACGGUCAAGAAACGCCGGAGAAUACGGAAUGACUAUGGACUUCGGCCCUGAAUAUGUAGUACAGGGCGAGUCAAAAAAAGCGGAACCCAAAGAAAUAUAUUUCAUAUUUAAACAAUUAUGUAGCACCAAAAUAGAAAUGAUCGGUAAGCCUAAUUAAUAAACUACUUUCAGAUGAAAAAAAAUUCACUUCAAUUGUUCAAUCCGUUCAAAUUAUAUCACCAUUUAAACGAAAUGACCCUAAAAUCAGUUUCGUCCAUGAAAGCGCAAUUUAUUGUGUGUUCUGACUGUUUGGAGCAACAAAGAAAAUGACACAGAAUACUUGUUUCAACAACUGUAGUACACAAUAUCUUUAUUAACAA